UUUCGACUGACAGAUAUCAGCGUAACAGAUCCCGAAAAGCAUCCGCAUCUGCUUUCCGUAAAAAAUUGCUUCAUACGGGGAUCGAUUGUGCGGUACGUGCAGCUACCCGCUGAUGAAUGCGACACUGUAGAACUUCAAAAUGCCUCAAGGAAGGAAGCUACAUUGGGGAAGCAGUCUGCAAAUUAA